AUGACAUGUAUCUUGAUCGGUACCGCUACCGCGGCGUGUGAGUGCGGUUAUAGCUCUUUCAUCAACAAUGCUACUACGCCUUCUGUGUUUACGGAUCUCAUCGAAUCGGACUUCUUCCACAUUCGAGACAUCUCCUUGGACACGGACUGGAAGCGACAGGAGUUCAACGUUACAGCACCCGAUGGCCGCGGACCCUAUGGCAUGAACUACACGAUUCGGAAUGUUCUCUCCAACCCGAUCCUCAAUGCGAGCAAUUGGACUGGCCCUGGUGAGUUUGGUGGCGAGCCUGGUGUCCAGCUUUCUGUUGGCGGUGGCAUCCCGGCAAAUGGUUAUGUACAGGUGGCUGAGAUGGACUCUUCUCGCGAGGACUUGUUGUGGGGUACCUAUCGAGCUGCUAUGAAGUUGACCUUGACUCCUGGUACCUGUUCUGCUUUUUUCUGGUACUUCAAUGACAGCCAGGAGAUCGACAUGGAAUUUCUCUCUUCCGACUUCGUUCCCGAGACCAAUACCUUCCCGGUCAAUCUCGUCCUCCAGUCAGCGCAGUCGGUCAGAGCAGGAUACAAUGCGGCGGGCACCGGAGACUACAUUGUGGCAAACCUUCCCUUCGACCCGACAGAUGGCUUUCAUGAAUACCGCUUCGAUUUUCUACCAGGCCUUGUCAUCUUCUACGCUGAUGGUUCCGCCCUCGCCAAGAUCAACGGCUCAGCGGUGCCAACUAUGCCAGGCCAUAUGAUACUCACUCAGUGGAGCAACGGCAAUCCGCUCUGGUCUUCUGGCCCGCCCUCCGCAGAAGCUGUGAUCAAUGUUAGCUAUGUCAAAGCCUACUUCAAUUCUUCCGAUACUCUGCGUCAAUCCGAUUGGGCCUCCCGCUGCAAGGACCCCGGUGGUGGUGCGGCUGCGGAGGCCAUCUGCGCAAUCCCGGACCAAACCACAGCACCUGAUCCUGCUAGCCUUUUGAAUGAUGGGAACGUCUCGGCAGCCAGCACGUACUUCUUCAGCCAAAAGAACAACGAGACGGCCAACCAAACCGUCUACCACCAGAACGGUGGGGUCCCCGCGGCAAUCAAGAACCGCUGGACGAGAUCGAUCAUGAUCAUCCUGCUGCCUUAUGCAUUAGCAUUCGCCUUUCUCUGA